GAUUAAAAUGGUCUCUGCGUUGGACAAAAUUGCGACUGAGGAGAUAUUUCCUACCGAACCUAAAGAUGCUCUGGCUGGUGCAAAUUCGAGAUUGGAGACCCUGAUUACUGGAUUAAACAAUGAAGGAAUUGAACCUGAUAUUCUUCUAUCUCAUCUACUGUACAUCAAGCAGGCUCUGGAAAUAUUAGCUGAGAAUAUUGAAAAAAAAGAGACGCCUCCAACAUCACCCAGUGAUGGACUAGAAGAUCUUCAGGACGCUGCUCCAGAUGAAAUCAGAAAAUGGUUGGCAGCAACAUUUUCACAAGAAAAUAACGAAGGCCGGGUUCAGGAGAGACCAAGUUUUAUCUCUAUAGUAAAGUUAAUCCGUACUGGAAUAUUCAUAGAACAAAUUUACAGAAAAAUAUCUACAUCACAAGCCAUGCCUAUUCCCGUUGAGGUCGAAGUAAUGCUAAAGGGUGUGGAUCUAUGGGAUUUUUCAGUAUUCGAUUAUGCAAAAACAGCCAACGGAAGCCCUCUUCUUUAUCUUGGUUACCAUAUACUUGAUAAACAUGGUUGUAUGCAGAAGUUUAAGAUUGCUCCAUCUGUAAUGACGUGUCUUCUCUCCCACCUUGAGAUAGGAUACAACAAGAACUCUAAUCCUUACCAUAACAACCUCCAUGCUAGUGAUGUACUGCAGACAACACAUUGGUUUAUCUCCCAAACCGGUUUAAAGAACUGGCUCUCAGAUCUAGAAAUAUUUGCUCUUCUAUUCUCCGCCAUUGUUCAUGAUUACGAUCAUUCAGGAACUACAAAUAAUUUCCAUAUUCAGUCAGGUUCAAGUCUGGCAAUAUUAUACAAUGAUAGAGCUGUAUUAGAGAACCAUCAUGUGGCAGAAUUUUUCAGGACAAUGAAAGAGAAUGAAUGCAAUAUUUUGAUAAACAUGUCCAAAUCAGAAUAUAAGAAUUUCAGAACUCUAAUGAUUGAAAUGGUUUUACAUACAGACAUGUCUCUUCACUUCUCCCAACUAAAGAACAUACAGAACUAUUUACUGUCUUCUAAGGAUAAAACAAGUUUCCAGAGAAGCGCAGCUUUAGGAUUAAUUCUUCAUUCUUGUGAUAUAUCCCAUCCUGCUAAAAAGUGGGAUUUACAUUACCAAUGGACUGCAAGAUGUAUGGAGGAGUUUUUUAAACAAGGAGAUAUGGAACGUAGCAGAGGAUUAGAUUUCUCACCACUUUGCGACAGAGACAACACUUCUGUUCCAAUGGCUCAGAUUGGAUUUAUCAACUAUAUAGUUAAUCCAACUAUGGAACUGACUGGAGCACUGAUAUCAAGAUUAAUUGAGAAGAAAAGUGAAAGUAGUCCCUGGGAACUGACCCUUCCAGCUAACAGAAUACGCUGGCAGGAGAAGUUUGAUUGUGGCGAUGCUGGAAUAGAAGUUUCAGACGCUUCACAGGAUACGCCUCCUCCACCUCCUAUCAUAAGGAAGCAUCUGGAGAACAGUACAAGUAUGACGAAUACAGAUGAAAAGGAAACACAAGAAACCAAAUCCACAAAACUAAUGGAUGAAGCUGAAGUGCCAGAUCAAGAUCCCACCAACACACCAGAAGAACAAAUUAAGGUGAAAACUUGCAUCCUUGAUAACUCUCAUCUGGUGUUACUAAAAGGACCCAUACUCAUAGAAUCAGACCCACCUAAAACCCUAACAAAGCAUAAGGACUUAGUCGGAGAGAUCCCUCCUACUGUUAUAUCCCGGCCUGGAUCUCCCAUGGUAUGGGGGUUCGACUCCAAGGAGUCCAUCACAACCAAACCUCCAAGACCAAACACUGCGAGCAUACCAAGCCCGCCUGAGAAAAGAAGAGCUCCCAUUUCUGUGGAUCAUAAACUUCGAAAGCAUGCUCUAGAUUUCUAAUAGAAAAACAAUAUAUCAAAUUACAUUCUACUUUGCUUUUAAACUUUGAUUGCUUUUCCAAUAAUGCUAGAAAACUAUUUAUCCAUUUUAAUACAAAAAAAUAAAAGAUAUAAGCAACGUUUAAAA